GAGGAUACUAGAUCACUGUACAAGGGGUUAAACAACCAUGCAUGGAUACAAUUCCGAAUCUGUGUGUGUUUCUUGACAUCUCAGGGUUUUCUCCCCCAAAAUUGAGUGAUUGGAGUGGAAACUCCAUAGAAAUUUGGAAUCCCCCCAAAAUGAGUGAUUGCGAUGGAAUAGUACGAGCGAUGCUGGAGCAAACCGACAAUGGUCUUAAUUCGAUCAGCCAGAUCUUCCCUAAAACCAACUUAUCCACUGAUCAUCAGUCCGAACAAAGAUCUAGUCUCGGCGAAAGAGUAUCUUCAAGAAUAGGAUUUAAUGUUCCACCGCUCGAGACAGAGAACAUCAUGAGUCCAUUUGCUGUUUCUAGAAGCCAGACUAAUGUCCCUUCUCCUCUCAUCGCAGUCUCUCCAGGAUUUAGCCCAUCUGCACUGUUGCAGUCUCCAAAAAAGUUCUCUAAUUCUUUUUCACAGCAUAUCAUUCAGUCUCCAGUCGCCAAUGACGGGCCUCCGGAGAUGGUGGAAAGUUCUGGUGGCGACUAUGCAACCACGAUGAUAUUCAACAACGAUGUUCCUCAUCAACCGAUGAACUUUGAUCAUAUGCCUCAUCAUGAAGGCUUUUAUGAUAUUCCAACCGAAGAGUCUGUUUAUGUCCCAUCUCAUGAAUCUCAUGCUGAUCUCAUUGGUGCUCCUUUAGUCACUUCUUUUGAAUCUGAUGAAGUUGCCAAUGAAACCGAUAUCAUGAACAUCAUCUCCCUCGACAGCGAGGACGAGGACGAAGAUUACAAGGAGGACGAAGAAUACAAGGAAGACGAAAAUGUAGAUGAAGAAGAUGACAGUGUUGAUGAGCUUCCACCUCGAAAGAGAAGGAAAUAUGAGGUAUCAGACAUGUUCGGAGCCAAAAGAUCAAGAAAGGACGAAAGGGUUAUACUUCGGAUGGAAUGCGAAGAAGACAAUCCUGACGAUGGUUAUCAGUGGAGAAAAUACGGUCGGAAAAUUGUCAAUGGGAAUUCAAAUCCGAGGAGUUACUACAAAUGCACAUACGGUGGGUGCAAUGUGAAGAAACAUGUGGAGAGAGGAGCAGAUGAUGUGAAGUUACUGGUAGUCACAUACGAUGGGAAACACAAUCACCCAAUACCAACUGGACGCAGUAGCAAUAGAUCCGGUCCAAGGAACCGUUCCGGCUUUUCAGUGUCUCAAACCCCUCGGUUAGGCAGGCUUCCUUCUUCCUCUUCGGCCUGUCAGUAUUGCUAUUCUUCUUUGGAGCCACACCCUGAUAUGGCACUGCUCUAUAUGACUGGACUCUCUAAGCUGCAGAGUUUUCCGGUUAACCAUAAUCAUGGUUUUAUGUACCGGCAUGAUGAACCGAUUAUUGAUCGUGUGAUACCCGACCGUACAGAGGUGUACAAUGGGAUGAAGGAUCGACUAUUGCCUAACUUUGGUUUCAACUUUUAG